AUGUGACUUUUCUCUUCAGAUGGACGGACGUGGCUCAGUCAAGGAACUGUUCCCCACAGGGAAACAGCUGGAACCACUGGUGGCCCCGCUGGCUGAUGGGAAGGUCGCAGUGGGUCAGGAUGACCUCACGGUUGUUUUGAACAAAGAAGGCGUCUGCACUCAGAAAUGUGCCCUUAACUGGACCGACAUUCCUGUUGCAAUGGAGCAUCAGCCACCGUACAUCAUCGCAGUGCUGCCACGCUAUGUGGAGAUCCGCACCCUUGAGCCCAGACUGCUGGUGCAGAGCAUAGAGCUGCAGAGACCGCGCUUCCUCACCUCCGCUGGAUCAAAUGUCGUGUACGUCGCGAGCAAUCACUUUGUUUGGCGUCUGGUGCCCAUCUCUAUAGCCAGCCAGAUACGACAGCUGCUACAGGACAAACAGUUUGAACUGGCGCUUCAGCUAGCGAAAAUGAAGGAUGAUUCAGAUGCAGACAAGAGACAACAGAUCCAUCACAUUCAGAACCUGUUUGCCUUCAACUUGUUCUGUCAGAAGCGCUUUGACGACUCCAUGCAGGUGUUUGCUAAGUUAGGCACAGAUCCCACGCAUGUUAUUGGACUGUAUCCAGACCUCCUUCCCACUGACUACCGCAAGCAGCUGCACUACCCCAACCCUCUGCCCGCGCUGUCUGGAGCCGAGCUGGAGAAGGCCCACCUGGCCCUCAUAGACUACCUGACACAGAAACGCAGUCAUUUAGUGAAGCAGCUGAAUGACUCGGACCCCUCCACCACGUCCCCUCUCAUGGAGGGGACCCCCACCAUCAAGAGCCGCAAGAAGCUCCUUCAGAUCAUCGACACCACUCUGCUGAAAUGUUACCUCCACACCAAUGUAGCUUUAGUGUCGCCUCUCCUGCGUCUGGAGAACAACCACUGUCACAUCGAGGAGAGCGAGUACGUGCUGAAGAAAGCCCACAAAUACAGCGAGCUCAUCAUCCUCUAUGAGAAAAAAGGCCUUCAUCAGAAAGCUCUGCAGGUUCUGCUGGAUCAGUCCACUAAAGCCAACUCUCCUCUGAAGGGGCAUGAGAGCACUGUACAGUAUCUUCAGAGGCUGGGUGUGGAGAACCUGGGCAUCAUAUUUGAGUUUUCACCGUGGGUUCUGAAGAUUUGUCCAGAGGAUGGACUGAAGAUCUUCACUGAGGACCUGACGGAGGUGGAGACUCUGCCCAGGGAUAAGGUGUUGAACUUCCUGAAGGAGGGCUUCAAGGAGCUGGCCAUCCCGUACCUGGAGCACAUCAUUUACAUGUGGGACGAGACACGCCCCGAGUUCCACAAUGUUCUGAUCCAGCUCUACCUGGAGAAGGUGCAAGGCCUCAUGAAAGUGUACCUCAACUCACUGCCUGAAGGUGUUCCAGCUGUAGCUGCAGGAAAGGAGGCAGGAGAGCUGGGAGAGUAUAGGAACAAGCUUCUGUCGUUUCUGGACGUUUCCUGUAGCUAUGAGCCAGAGAGACUCAUCAGUGAUUUCCCAUUUGAUGGUCUGUUGGAGGAGAGGGCUCUUCUGCUAGGGCGUAUGGGGAAACAUGAGCAGGCUCUCUUCAUCUACGUUCACAUUCUCAAAGACACACAUAUGGCUGAAGAGUACUGCCACGGUCAUUAUGAUCCAUCAGCAAACGGCAAUAAAGAUGUGUAUCUGUCCCUGCUGCGCAUGUAUCUGUCUCCUCCAGAUGUGCACUUCCUCGGGCCCAUUAAGAUGGAGUUAUGUGAGCCACAGGCGAACCUCCAGGCGGCCCUGAAAGUUCUUCAGCUCCACCACAGCAAACUAAACACCACCAAAGCUAUAAACCUGCUGCCAGCCAACACACAGAUCCGAGAGAUCCAGGUGUUUCUGGAGAGUGUGCUGGAGGAGAAGGCUGGGAGGAAGCGCUUUGACCAGGUCCUGAAGAGCCUCCUACAGGCCGAGUUCCUGCGGGUGCAGGAGGAACGUAUCUUUCACCAGCAGGUGAAGUGUGUCAUCACAGAUGAGAAAACCUGCAGAGUGUGCAAGAAGAAGAUCGGAAACAGUGCCUUUGCCAGGUAUCCAAACAGUGUGGUGGUGCACUACUUCUGCUGUAAAGAUCGCAGCGUGUGUCCAGCGGAGUAGUCAAACCUGCAGAACGGAGACAGCCAAACACGCUGAGCACAGAGAGCUCUGCAAACGUGACGCGUCUGUGUGAAAACGCCACCAAAGGAAACCAGUCUCUCUCUCACUCUUUCCAGUGGAAUGGAAAAGCCGACACGUCUGUCUGAUGAAAAUAAAUCAACUUCCAAAGUAAAUAAAAACUAUGGACAGUGAGACUAAAUUCAGAUUUGUAAAGUGCAUUACUUUGAAAGCUUUGCCUAAAUGCACAACACAGACCGCGGCGUCUCUCUUUCCCCCGAGAAGCACUUAUUCCCUCACAUCCCACCUUUUCUUCUUUGCGUACAGUGCACCUUUUUAUUCAACAUGACGCUUUGUCCAGUGCCUUUAGUGGCGAGUAAAGGCCUGUGUUUGUGUGCACCUUCAGGUGCUCAGGACUGUUACUCUGAGCUGCUCUGCUUCGCUCUGUUAGCUUGAGAUGAAAUCAGACUCCAGAUAAAAACCUUAAUGUGGGCCCUCCAGAGAAAGGCCAGCACUGGCGCACACACCGCAGAUCAUUUACAGUCAAAUACUGGCGACAGGGUUGUCCUCAGUGUUAUUUCAUAAAAGACAAAAUACGGUAUUUUUAGUAAUACGGUAGGUUACCAAAUGCGUUUACCGAUGUAAUACUGUAAUUAUUCCCACUAAAUUGCAAUCUGGUAAAUUACUGUAUUAUUAAAAAUACAGUAUUUUUCUGCAUUCUGAAAUAAUUCUGUUACUGUAACUGGCUGGCAGCUUCUGGCGUACCUGUGUUUUACUGUAAAAUUCACAGUGUUUUUCUGCUAUAGGCUGUCAGAUGGAAGGAAGAAUGCUUCCUCUAGUUUCUAAGAUGACUUGUUUACGGCUAGAAGUCUGGAUGUGUACUGUAUGUUUUUUAAUAAAGGCGUGUCUUCUAACGUUUCGAGUGGUUUGGGUUGUAUGAGGUUUCGGAGAGCAGAGCGACGUCUCUACAAUCACUGUAGCAUGCCACUUUUUCUCUUCUGGUUACUUGAGUGGCUUUAAUUUAUUAUUAACAUGCUGUCUUUACUGUAAGGAAUGUUUCACCUAUGUGUGCAAUCGUGUCGCCCGAAAGGGCAGCAGUAUUUUUCUGGCUUCCUAUUCCAUCUGUCCAAUUAACACUGUUGUCAGAUGCUUGUGCUUUCAGUUAACUGUAAACCACGACCUCAAACAACGGCACGGUCACUUACAUUGAACCUUUGUAACAGGCCUGAAAUGUAUUGGUUGAAAUGGAUGUGAAUGUGUAGAUUGUACAUUAAAUCUGAGGUGAAAGACAAAUCUAAUAAACAUGCAUCUUCUGUUAA